AUGUCUAAUUGGGCCUGGCAUAACGACUCACUUCCCACCAACGGUGAAGAGUUGAGUGACUACACGGGCGUCCCAUGGGAUACUCAUGGGCGCAAUAUAUCUUACGAUAUUCCCGACCCAAAUCUACCCCAAGUCUCGCAGUGGCUUAUUGGUAACCCGAAUCGGAUUAAUCUUGGCAGGAUUGGGCUCAAGUAUAAGAACAUGAGCCUGGAGGCUGCACUUAUCUCUAACCCUCGUCAGGAGCUUGAUGUCUGGAAUGGAUUGGUCACCUCACAAUUUACCAUAGAUGGGGAAGAUGUGAAAGUUAUAACACAGGGAGACUUCGACACCGACUCCGUUACCUUUUCUAUCGAAUCGAGUCUCAUUAAGAAUGGAGAUUUGCAAGUUGAAUUGGAUUUCCCCUACCCUCCUAUCCAUACAAACACGUAUAAGUAUGAGGUCUUUGCAGGAAGCUACGACUUUCCUGCUAAUCACACGACGGUGGGAAGGAAGAACUGCAAAGCUGCGAAUACAGCGCACAUUUACCAUGAGAUGCAAAACACCAGAUACUACGUCAACCUCCGUUGGCCUUCCAACUCGGCCUUGGAACUAUCAAGGGAAGAACCUCGUGGAUCUACCGCUGUAAAUGCACAUUGCUUCACUCUAGGUGCAACCGGUACCCAGGAUGAGUGGAAAGGGCCUUCAGCUGAAAUAUCUUUCACAGCUAACUUCUCCCCGACGAGAGCUGUGGCUGACUUACCAGAAGAAAUCCGAAAACGCAACACAAAAGCCUGGCAUCAAUACUGGAAUGAAGGAGGCUUCGUUGAUUUGACAGAAUCCUCCAACUGGGCUGCCGAUGAACUGCAAAGACGCAUUAUUCUAUCUCAAUAUCAUGUGCGUGUUAACAGCGCAGCAACAGGACAAUCACCCCAGGAGAGCGGGUUAAUGAAUAAUGGAUGGUACGGGAAAUUUCACAUGGAGAUGGUUGUCUGGCAUCAUGCACAUUGGGCUACUUGGGGCAGGCAGAAAUAUUUUGACAAUAUCUUCCCAGCCCUGUACGACAAGCUUCUGCCCAGCUCACGGGCGCGUGCUGAAGCUAUGGGGUGGGAAGGGGCUCGGUGGCCAAAAAUGACGGAACUGAUCACAGGUGUUAGUUCGCCAGGUGAAGUCAACGGAUUAUUAUUGUGGCAGCAGCCACAUGCGAUGUUGAUGGCCUCAUUUGCUUACCAGGCCAACUCAACAGAGCAAACCUUACAACGAUGGGACGAAGUUGUGACUGCCAGUGCAGAUUAUAUGGCUUCUUAUGCCUGGAAGAAUGUUUCAACUGGCCGUUAUGAUCUCGGACCUCCCUCUUAUGGUGUUACAGAGAAUACGCCACCACGAGCCACCCUCAACCUGGCAUUUGAGAUAUCAUACUGGAGAUAUGGACUUGAUGUGGCCCGUACAUGGAAAAAGCUGCUCAAUCAGCCUAUUCCUGAACUUUGGACAACCGUGGCCGAAAAUCUGGCGCCCCCGCCUCAGGUCGACGGCCUAUAUGCCGUGUACGAGGGCCUCAACAGCACAUGGUGGGACGAUCCGAAACUCAAUGCAGACCCGCGCAGUUUGAUUAUGAUGAAGGGCUUUAUGCCAGACUCCCCUGCUGUGGAUUCAGAGAUCGCACUCAAAACAGCAGAUAAGGUCGCUGAGGUGUGGACAGAUGAAAAAAUUCGGGGCUGGGGACGACCGAUCCUGGCUAUUAACUCUGCAAGAGUUGGGAGACCCAAAAGAGCAGUUUACCACCUUACAGCAUACAAAUACUGGAAUUUUGACGAUGCUGUCGUCUUCGAGCUGACGUUCCGUUUACUAGUUUCAUACAUGGCGGCAGGUUGGAAUGGAUCAACUACUGACGCUCCAGGGUUCCCAAAUGACGGUACAUGGACCGUCAAACAUGAGGGGCUGGUUAAGAGUCUUUGA